UUUUAAAAAUUGGUUGAGCAAAAAAUAUUUUUUAAGAAUUGAAAGAGCAAAGUUUCAGUCUUUCACUUUUUCUCACUGAUUGACAGUGAAAACCUCCUGAAAUGAUCAGAACAUUGGGACUUUCCUUUCUUUUCCUUUUUUGUCUGUUUUGUGAGGUUACCUUCUUCUCUCAUCUCAAACAAGACACACAAACAACACUCUGAAAAUAUCAAACAUAUCUGCCUUUUCCUUUUAGUAGGAAACAAACAUCUUUUAAAUAGUUAUACCCAUCGAGUUUGUUCAUGGAUCCCAAGCAGCCGGCAGCGCAGUCUAACGCUAUCAAUAUUAACAACAGCAACAACAAUAUUAUGGUUGAGUACAAUAAGCCUGUUCAUGAUCAAAUAAAAGAUGAUGAAACCAAGAAGCUGCAGCAAUUGGUUCCUAAAAGAAAAGAUAGACACACAAAAGUUGAAGGCAGAGGGAGGAGGAUACGUAUGCCUGCUCUCUGCGCCGCAAGGAUUUUCCAACUCACCCGCGAAUUAGGUCAUAAAUCUGAUGGAGAGACAAUCCAGUGGCUGCUGCAGCAAGCCGAGCCCUCCAUAUUUGCCGCUACUGGUACUGGAACCAUCCCUGCCUCGGCUUUAGCUGCAGCAGCCACUGGCCCCUCUGUUUCCCAACAGGGGAUCUCUGUAUCAGCUGGUUUGCAUCAAAAAAUGGAUGAAUUGGGAGCGAACACAGUCGGGUCCGCUAGUUUUAGUAGUAGUAGUAGUAGUACUAGGACCAGUUGGCCAAUGAUGUGUGGGAAUUUUGGAAGACCCCAUUUGGCCACAGCAGGAAUAUGGCCCGCACCUUCUCCUGUUUUCACUAGUUCAAGCACCAAUUUGGGUAGUGAAAGUUCCAAUUAUUACCUACAAAAGAUUGGCUUUCCUGGAUUUGAUCUGCCUGCAGCCACUAAUAUGAGUUUUACUUCAAUUUUGGGUUCCAGUAAUAACCAGCAAUUGCCAGGUUUGGAACUUGGAUUAUCUCAAGAUAGGGGUCAUAUAGGGGUUUUGAACUCUCAAGCCUUGAGCCAGAUAUACCAGGCUAGAAUUCACAAUCAACAGCAGCACCAGCAAAAUCAGCAACAACAACAGCAUCUAUCUCCCCCGGAAGAUUCUCAAGGAUCGGGACACUAGUACAACUUUCAGAUAAAAGAGCUCAGCUAGGUUUUUGCUGAAUAGUUUUCAGUUAUUUUAGGACGUCUAUCGAAUAUAAGUUACUAAAAGCCAUCUUUUUAUUAUUCAUUUGCCCUUUAUCUGAGUGGUGUGCUUAUAUCUUGUUUGCUGAAAUAGACAUGAUAAUCACAUAAACAUGCACAAUUUUCUCUUCUACUAGUAUUUAAGGCUUCGGAUUAAUUCACGUCUUUGUGUUUGUACAAGUAAGGAAUUUCCGGCCGUCAAUUGCAAUUUCAAUAUAUCCAGCCUAAGGAGAUCCCAAAAUUCUGCUCUAGUUUCUUCUGGUUGGGGGUUGAAGGGAGGGUGAAGUAGAGCUUUUCAAUCUUUUAUUCGGCCAAUUCAUCACAUGAUUCAAGAAAACCAUAACACUGCUGCUAUGAUGACAGCUGAUGGCCAGAAAAAUCAGCCCUUUUGUGUAUGGAUAGCUCCAUAAAUGGCUUGUAUUACGUCAAUGUAAAUAGAGCUGUCAAAAAUAGGGAUGUUAUAUAACUGUAAGAUGCAGAAUAAGUACCCUUAAAUGCUGUAAAAAGAAUCCAAUGAGGAAGUAGACAAUCCUCUAUUCAAUUCAAUCUUCUUGAGGAGCAGCAGUAACAGAUUGUCACUUUCUACUUUGGGAAAAGAAAAGAGAGAAAGUUGGUGCUUUUCCUACAAGUGUUAUGCAUCUGAUUGCUGCCAUUCCUUCUUCAAGUGGUGAGAAGCUUUUCUGCAUCUUAGUUGGUGUUCCCGUAAUGACCCUUUGCUUCACAACAGAAAAUUAUCUUUCGGAACUGUGCUGUGCUCAGCCUUUAGUGCGAAAAGAAAAUUCCUGUGAUUCUAUUGACACUUUUAGUGUUUGUUUGUUUGUCUUAAAGCAGCUCUAUGCAUGAGUGUAGUAUGGAUAUUUAUUGAGCCUGAUGUUGUUGGUCUAUUUUGGAAAUCUGGAAGCAGUCUAUCUGGUGUGUGGAUAUUCAUUUUGCCCUUCAUAGUUAUUGUUUAUGGAGUACUGUCUUCAGAAAGUAUCAAUUCUUGAAACGCAGUAUCAACUUUUUGAGAAAAAAUACUGACUUGUGGAAGGAAGUUCAUUUUGAUAUCUUUAUUCAAUCAUCGCAUUUGAUAAGAACAAGAAGUUUCUGCCUGCUGUUAUUCACAGUCGUCCUACCAAUGUUUAGACUUGCUUCUACAUGCUGCUAUGGUGGAUUAGGAGUAAGCGAAACAGAUGCAUCUGUUUCUAAAGGGGCCAAAAGGUAAAAGAGUUGUUGGAAUCGAAAUGCAUUUCCAACAAACAAGUAGGGAAUAUUACAGAUUUAAGAUCAUGACCCAUUCAAGGACUAAAUCCCAGUUGCAGAGCAUUUUUCUCCAGAUAAAAUUAAAGUACUUUGAGAGGCGAGCCUUGGAACGAUGGUCAAGUUGUCUCCGUGUGACAUAUAGGUCACGGAUUCGAGGCAUGAAAUCAGACAUUGAUGCUUGCAUCAGGGUAGGCUGUCUACAUCAUACCCCUUUGGGGUGCGGCCCUUCCCCCGGAUCCUGUGUGAACGCAGAAUAGCUUUGUGCACGGGGCUGCCCUUGAGUCGACUAUAUAUUUAUGUUGUUUUUACAGCUAUGAUUGAGUAUAGGAAGGCUUGUUAAUCAAACGGCUAUUAUGUAAAGGGCUUUUUGCCUUGGUUUGGCUUGAAUAUGAUGAGCUUAUCACAUGGCAUUUUAUA